CCUCCAAGGGCACUACAAUGCAUCUGCUGUUACACUGCUCACAUCACAUUGAGCGUGAGGCCAUCAGACCGGCAACAGAGUGUGAUUUUACAAAGUGUGUCGAGCCUAAUGAACAUGAACCUCAGCCCUAAAGAGCAGAGUGUGAACAGCUCAAAUGAAGGCUGCCUUGAGGAUGACAAACACAGUCCCUUGCUGCCUUGCUUGCGCAGAAACAUCUACGAUGAGCCACUUUCCUCAUACCCCAACGGCUCGAUCAUAUCGCAACUUCUCCGAAAGACCAUGCACAGCAAAAGGGCACUUGAUGAAAGCCAUUUUUACAUUUCAAACUCGACUGCCACUGACUCUGGACAGGAUGACCGCAGCAGUGUGUCGUCAAAGGACAGCACAACAGAAGCAUCCUCCCCCACUUGCCACAUUUCAACAAGAUACAGCGCAGAGGUAGAUCCGCCCAUGACGGACCACCUUCAAGCUAAGCGAGCCCGGGUGGAGAACAUCAUCAGGGUGAUGGCAGGCUCUCCCAACAACAAGCCAAUUGGGGAGAGCGAGCGACCCGAGGUUGAUUCCCGAGACACCAGAGAGUUUCGAGAAGCGUAUCGGGAAAAUAAACGCAAACAACGGCUCCCUCAACAUCAGGAGCACAGUAUUGGAGGGCCGGCGAGCGGAAAAGCUGAUGAUGAUACUAACACCAAAGAUGAGGAGUGUCACAAACUGAAAGAGCAGCUCCACAGCAUGCAAAAGCUUCUGCGUCAACUCCAGGAAAAAUUCCUUCAGCUUUAUAAGCAGGAAGGUGCAGAUCAUGAAGACAAGGCAGCUGCUGAUUUUUACACUCCGGCGGGAAGCAGCUACACGGGCACUGAAGAUUUUGAGAGGAAGAUUAGGAUGAAUCCAGAGUGUGGCGACAGAAUAAAAGUAGUUAGUCAUUCGGCUCAACAAAGAGAGACUCAGAACCUUCGGGAAAUGUUGAAGCAGGAGCUGUCCAGAGCUUUGAAUGACUGUGUGGACCGUGUGUUGACAAACGUGUCCUCAUUAGGACUUGAUGUGUCCUCUCAACAGCGAAUGUGUCCAUCUCCAGAAGUGAAGAUCAGUUCAAGUGAUAACAGAAAGAAUCAACAAGAUGCUUCAAUGCAGGAACAUCCGCAUGCUGAAGAGAGCUCUGCCAAGCCCCACUCUUUGGACUAUUAUGAUAACGCAGAGCCGCACCAAGACCAGACAGAGGCGCUCUCUUUGGUGGUUCGCAAACCGGUGACGACACCUCUAAGCUCGGUCGCCUCCGCAGUGAAGCGGCCCUAUCCGGUCCACCAGACGCCAUUCCAGUUCAACUACAGUGCCCCGCUGCAUGACAGUCAAAUCCUGGAGCACCUUCUCAAGUAUGGGCCACAUUCUAACUUUGGGGCUCUCCACUGCUUGCCCCAUUCCAUGGAGAGCACCUCACCUGAUCCAGUAGAUCUUCCUUGGGACACAAUCGCAUUGAGAUCCAAAGUGACACCCAGUCACCUCAGCCACCACUCUCGUCCGUCUGCUCUGGGGCCUGUGACGGUCGACACUCUCUGCCUCCCCCAUGUCAAGCUCGAGUGUGGCGAGCUGCAAAAUAUGGCCGAGCGAAACCCCUACAUGUCUCUCAAUAUCCAGGAGGGUCUCACCCCGAGUCACUUGAAGAAAGCCAAACUGAUGUUCUUCUACACUCGCUAUCCCAGCUCCAAUGUCCUGAAGACAUUCUUUCCCGAUGUCAAGUUCAAUCGCUGCAUCACAUCUCAGCUGAUCAAGUGGUUCAGCAACUUCAGGGAGUUCUACUACAUCCAAAUGGAGAAGUUUGCCCGCCAAGCCAUCGUGGACGGCAUCAGUGAAGUCAAAGACAUCAGCGUCAGCAGAGACUCGGAGCUAUUCCGUGCACUCAACAUGCACUACAACAAGGCCAAUGACUUCCAUGUUCCAGACAAAUUCCUGGAGGUUGCCGAGAUUACUUUGCAUGAGUUUUACAAAGCUAUUUCUGUGGCCAAAGACUCGGACCCCUCCUGGAAAAAGGCCAUCUACAAGGUCAUCUGUAAACUAGACAGUGACGUCCCAGAUGAGUUCAAGACGUCCUCUUAUUUGUAGGCCAAAGCGGAAAAACAUGUGAUGACAAAUAUAACGUAGGAACUGAUGAGAAAAGUUAGUCACUUGCGUAUUUUGAUCAUUUCUUGUAGUGCUUUUUACUAGUGAAGUGAAAUGUAGCUGUUGGAUUAUGUUGGAUGACUAGGUAGGUUGUUAAUAUUCUUGUUAAAAUGAAUUAUUCAUUUGUGUAUUAUACAUCUUGUGUUUACUUAUAUAAUCCGCCUCCGCACAAUUAGUUAUUGAGUUUGUAGUUGUUUAGAAAAAUGUACGUAAUCCUUUUAGUGCCAUAUCUUGGGCGGAGCUCAGCUUUCUUUUAUUUGUUGUUCUUUUUUAGACCACAAAGUAGUUGAGACUGAAUCAACAGCAUCUUUGAUUAUAAACAAUAAUUAAUUUAUUUCUUUGUUCAUUCUGCCCAUCACUUUACAAUCAACUUGUAGUUUAUCUUGAUUUAGAGUAUUGUAUUGAGACAGAAAAAAAAAAAAUGCACUUGCCGUUUUGUGUUAUAAUGUUUUGUGAAUUUGCUGUACACCAGUUGCUUAACAUAAAGUGCACGUGGAAACAAAUGUAAAGUACAAUCCGGAUAUUUCAGUAAUAUACUACAUUGUAAUGGAUGAUAAUGGAAUUAAAGAUG